AUGUAUCGUUCUGCUUCGUUGGAUCUUCCCGAUGAUAAAAUGGAUAUGCCUCCACCAAGUAGAACUGGAAGCAGGUCUGCAAGCAGAAAUACCACGUCGCCAGUUCUUAAGCUGUCUCGUCCUGCUGGAAACGGCUCAAGUUCGCCAAACACAUCCACAUUGACUCCAACUCGUAACUAUUCGAUAUUUGGUGAUGUUGAGAAGGUUCCCAAACCCGCAGAUUCCAUAACUGUCAGUACCAAACCUGUUGAACCAACUGAGGCCAUUGAGAAUGGUUCUAUUGCCAAGAGAAAAAUCAGCGGAGUCGAUAUGCGCCCUUACAAAAAGACACGUUUGAUUGAAUCAUUUUCCGAAACUGUGAAGUUGAUUGUUGGACUUGCCCCCCUUUCCAAGACGUUUAUUGUCCACAAGGAUAUGCUCUGUGCUGCAAGUCCCGUUUUUGAGGCUGGCUUCAAACCUGAGUGGCAAAAGGGAGGAGAUGCCACCAUGGAGCUACCUGAAGACGACCCAAUAUAUUUUGCGCCAUUGGUCUAUUGGAUUUACAACAAUGAAAUUGUCUAUCCGCAUAAUAAUACGGGAACACCAAUGAGAGGGCUUGCUGGUGUCUACCAUUUGGCCGAAAAAUACCAAAUGCCACGACUCCAGAAUGAUCUCAUUGAUUCUUUGGUUUACGAAACUGUCACCAACGACCGUCUUUUAUUACCAUGCGAUAUAACUUCGAUUUUUGACAACUCCCCAGCAGCAUCGAAGCUUCGUCUUUUUGUCGUCAACUGUAGUCUUAAGAACUGGGCUGUUUUUAAGCACUUGGUCUCAGAACCAAAAGACUACUGCGCGGACUUUCUCUUCGAAAUAUUCAAAGCUUUCGCAAUGAAUCCGGAGGUAGGUGUGAAAUACACCUUCUUAGAUUCCGAGAAUCAGUAUUGUGAACUGUAUCACAUCCACGAAGCCGAAGAGCAAGGAAAGUGCAAAACUCUCAAGCUCCCCGAACACGUAGCGUCGGAUUAA